GAAGUCGUAUUUGGUUGUAUUCGAUUACCGAUAGUUAAGCUCAAAUAUCGAUUGAGAUUACAUCGAGAUAAGUUCGGAGGAAGGGAGUGUUUUGACAAUAUUGGGCAACAUUCGGUGGGCCCGGCUCAAAUUAUUUUCAUUUAGAGCUGUCCAUUCGCACAUUUCUAAAACAAAAUAUGCCGGCUUAUCAUUCCCAGUUUUUGAACCCACCCCAAGUUGUCGGGAAUAUGGCCAUUUUGCCAUUAAAAACUCAGUUCAGAGGGCCAGCCCCUAAAGAAACUGGGGAAUCUGAUGUCCUGGAUGAAGCAUUGUACUACUUCAAGGCGAAUGUUUUCUUCCGCACAUAUGAAGUCAAAAGCGAAGCAGACAGGCUCCUUAUCUACCUUACACUCUACAUUACAGAGUGCCUGAAGAAACUCCAGAAGUGUUCAAAUAAAAGUGUGGCGCAGAAUGAGAUGUACUCUUUGGCGAUAUCAAAAUUUGACAUUCCUGGUGAACCAGGUUUCCCCCUCAAUUCUGUUUACGCCAGACCCACCACCCAGCAGGAAGCAGACCUAUUAAGGCAGUAUUUGACACAAGCAAGGCAAGAGAUAGGGUUAAGGCUGGUAGAUAAAGUUUUCUUCACAGAAGAUGGAAAACCUUCAAAAUUUUGGCUCUGUUUUGCUAAAAAGAAGUUUAUGGACAAGUCAUUAUCAGCACCUGGAAUGUGAGAAGUCAUUGUAUUAAACCUCCCUGUUUAUCUUUCCAUUAUGUAUACAUGCAAAAUGGUUUGAUCAAAUAAAUUUAAUGUGUUCAA